AUGUCAGUUCUGGACGAGAGUCGGAUCAGUAGCGAUGUCGGAGAAUGUAAGUUCUUUCUCUAGUUGUAGAUAUUUGCUUUUCAUCGUGCUCUUUUUCAGCAGCCAGUUCUUCAAUGCUGCAAGAGCCGAUAGACCUGAAGUUUUUGGCCGCCGAAAGUGUCAUUUGGCAUGGUGAAUUUACGCCUUCAAUUAUAUUGUUUCAUCCGUUUUUGUUCAGACAACCACGUGGCCUACAUCGGUCCAUUCGGAAUGUUUUCCGGCCGUUUGGUCAUCACUAGGUACAGAUUAAUCUUUUUGAUCGAUGAAAAGGUUAAGCAGUUUGAAGUAAUUGUUCUCACAUGCAUUUCAAUUUAAUGGUAAUCGUGUUCAGCACUGGAAGUUAGAAGUACCGCUUGGUCAUAUUUCCCGAAUAGAAAAAGUUGGAGGAAAAUCAAAAAGUACGGCAUUGAGAACUGAUGAAAACUAUGGAUUUGGAGUUUAUUGCAAGGAUUUGCGAUAUUAUCGUUUUGCUUGUAUCCCAUCAACGAGCGGAAGGAAGAAUAUUUGUGAUGCGUUGACUCGCUAUUCGUUCCCAAUUUCAAACAGCUUGGUCAGUUUCUUAUUAUCCACUCUUUCUUUAGAUUUCUAUUUAUUUACAGCCUUUGUUCGCAUUUAUCCACGGCUCAGUAUCACCACGGUCACUAAAAGACGGAUGGAAAGUAUAUUCAGCGGAAAAGGAAUACGAGAGAUUGGGAGUUUUGAACUGUAGAUAUUGGAAACUCGUGGACAUCAAUUCAGAUUAUAAGUACAGUGAGACGUAUCCGAGGAUUGUGAGUUCACCGAGGCAAAACCUAUGAAAAAUAUGCUCUUUUUACAGUUUGCGAUUCCGACGCCGUCGUUCGAGAAUGGGAAGCCGUUCCUGAAAAAGUUGGGAGAGUUUAGAAGCAAGGAGAGAAUUCCGGUGCUCAGUUGGAUCGACCAAACGACACUAGCUUCAAUUACCAGAUGCUCUCAGCCUCUGACUGGAAUCUCAGGACGACGAUGCACAGAAGACGAGCUGUGAGUUCCUUUUUUAAAGUAAAGAUGAAUAUGAUUAUAAUUCAGCCAUCUAACAAACAUCAUGAAUGCGAAUGCGAACUGUCGGGAACUUCUGAUUCUAGACGCUCGACCGGUGGUUAAUGCGAAGUUGAACCGUGCAAAGGGCGGCGGUUACGAGGAGAACUACGUAAACGCAUCGCUCACCUUUCUGAACAUUCACAACAUUCACGUCGUGCGUGAUUCACUGAAGCGCCUAGUGGCCGCACUGAUUCCACGCGUCGAUGAGAAGAACUACUACAAGGCACUGGACGAAUCGAAGUGGCUGAAUCACAUUCAAAGCAUUUUGGAAGGAGCUGUGAAGGCCGUGUUUAAUGUUGACACAGAGAAACAGUCUGUUUUGAUUCAUUGCUCUGACGGUUGGGAUCGAACAGCGCAGCUGACGUCAUUGGCCAUGAUUCAGCUGGACCCUUACUACCGAACAAUUGAAGGCUUCAUCGUUUUGAUUGAGAAAGAAUGGUGCAGCUUCGGUCACAAGUUCGGAGAGCGAAUCGGUCACGGAGAGGAUAGUUACAGCGACGGUGAACGCUCUCCGGUUUUUGUUCAAUUCUGCGAUUGCGUCUGGCAAAUUGUGAGACAAUUUCCUUGGGCAUUCGAAUUUACGCAAGAUCUUCUAAUCUACGUGCUCGAUGAGCUCUACGCUUGCAGAUACGGAACAUUCCUCUUUAAUUCGGAAAAGCUUAGGCUUGUGGAAAAUGUGAGUCCGAAGUAAUAACACUGUUUACAAUCGAAACAUAAUUUCAGCAUUGCGCAGAUAAAACCAUCUCGGUGUGGACGUACGUUCUCGAGAACAAACGGAAGUUCAUCAAUCCAACAUACAGAGAAAAAAGUAUGAGUAUGAGUUGUCUCCAUUAAUCUGAAAUGUUCCCUUUUAGAGCAUAAAAAAGUGAUUUUCGUGAAUCCGACGUUCUGUCUUCUUCAAGUCUGGACCGACUAUUACGCCCGUUCAAAUCCUCACGUCGUCACUCCGAAGCACGAGGUAACUGCACAGUUGCCUGAUCAAUCCGACAAUCACCCAGAUGUUUUAGGACAUUCAACAGCCAGGCGUCCAGUACAUCAACGAGAAAAAGCAGUUAAUGGAUGAGAUAAUGGCUCUGGACGAGGCGACGAAAUACCUUGUGGCCUAG